UCUUCCUAUAGCCGAAUGUUUGCUAGGGUUUGCUUUUCUCUUUCACGACUUCGCCUGCCUCGCGAGUUUCGAACGAGUAGCUAAUUAAUUUCUUCGCCUCCUUCGAUACGUUCCUUCCUGUCGGAUCCGAAUUCCUCCCUCCUCCGCCGUUCUCCUUCUCUCCCCGCUGCUAGCAUGAUAAUUCCGAAGAAGAACCGCCAUGCGAUCUGCAAGUACCUCUUCCAAGAGGGGGUGCUCUACGCGAAGAAGGAUUACAAUCUGGCGAAGCACCCCGAUAUUGACGUGCCAAAUCUCCAGGUGAUCAAGCUGAUGCAGAGCUUCAAGUCAAAGGAGUUUGUAAGGGAGACCUUCGCGUGGAUGCAUUACUACUGGUACCUCACCAACGACGGCAUCGAAUACUUGAGAACCUACCUAAAUCUACCGUCCGAGAUUGUGCCGGCGACCCUGAAGAAGUCAUCUAAGCCGCCUUCCCGGCCUUUCGGUUCUGGACCCCCGGGUGACCGUCCGAGAGGGCCGCCACGCUUUGAGGGAGAUAGGCCAAGGUUUGGGGAUAGGGAUGGGUAUCGUGGAGGUCCUCGUGGUGGAGAUUUUGGUGGAGAGAAGGGUGGUGCUCCUCCUGAGUUCCAGCCUUCAUUCAGGGGUGGUGCUGGUGGUAGGCCUGCUUUUGGACGUGGCGGUGGUGGUUAUGGAGCACCUCCAUCAUCUUCUCUAGACUAGGCAAGCUUGUUUUGUUUGCAUUCUCUUUUUCAAGCACUUGAAAGACAUGUUUUGUUAGACGAAUCAUCUUAAAUUUAAUGACAUUUGAGAAGUUACUAUUAUUAUUACUACUAUUUAUGUUUUUUAUUGUUUA